ACAUGUUAAACAAUGAUAUUGAUGAUUUCCUUGGUGAUUAUACUUCCGAAAAUUCCGUCAUAAAUCAAACAACUUUUUCUACUGAAGCUUCACAUGAAGACCUUAACUCAAUACACCAAGAUUAUAUUCCAAAACAUUAUCAAAUAUCAUCUAAUAAUAUUGACUUUAAAGAAUUAGAUAUUAUAAAAGAUGAACGACAACAAUUAAUCGAAGAAAAUCUUGGUUUACAUG